AUGUGUGCCCUGCUGGGCUCCCAGUACGGGGAGCGGCCGUUGCCCCGCCUCCUCCCAGAGCCUCUCUUUGAGGUCCUGGAGGCGGGGCUGACCCCCGACGACCUCCAGCUCCUCGGCCAAUGGUUCCUCAGGGACACCAACGCCGUCCCGCCCACCUACGUCCUCCAGCCUAUCAGGAGCCACCUCCCCUCCUACGGGGGGCCGGGGGCGGAGCGGGAGGCUAGCUCCGCCUCCUGGCGCUCUACCGAGGCGAGGCUACAGACGGCGCUCCGCCGCGCAGCCUCCGAGGCCCAGGUCAAAGGUCAGCUCACCGCAGAGCAGGCCCACCGCUUCUACCAAUCAGGUGACAGCACGAACGCACGCACGCACGCAAGCACAAGCACACACACAAAAUGCGUCUCUGAGCCGGCAUGUGUUCAUGUGUUCAGCCCCCGAGCCCAGAGCCAGGGGGGCGGAGCCCAGAGCCAGGGGGGCGGAGCCCAGAGCCAGGGGGGCGGAGCCCAGAGCCAGGGGGGCGGAGCCCAGAGGGACGCCCUGCUCUUCAUCAGAGAUGCCCCGCGGCCGGCGGCGAGGGAGGGGCCUAAGCGCGGCCUGGCCCGCCUCCUGGCGGCGGCGGCGGCGGCGGAGGGCGGACUGGACCCAGAGGCCCGGGCGCUGCUCCUCGACCUGAAGGCCCGGCUGGCGGCCGCGGGCCCCCGGGGGCCCCCGGCGCUGCACCGCCACAGCCUGGAGCUCAGCGGGGGGGCGGUGGACCCCCGGCGCCGCGACCACGCCGCCUACCUGGAGGCGCUCUGCGGCCAGCUGGUGGCCCACAUGAAGGGCCGCGUCACCAGGCUCCUGGAGGAGCAGGGGGCCCCCGGGGGCCGGGGGAGCUGGGGCCGGCCCGACCCGGGGGGAGAGCGCUCCCGGCUCCUGGAGGAGGUCAGCCGCCACGCCCUGGAGGGGCUCUGGCGCUCCCAGGAGCUGUGCGGGCGGGAGGGGCUGCUGGGCCGGCUGAGCCUGGCCCUGUGGGAGGCCUCGGCCGGCCCCCACGGGCCCCUGGUCCUGCACGGGGCCCCGGGGGCCGGCAAGACCACCCUGCUGUGCCGGCUGGCCCGGGAGCUGCUGGGCGUGCUGGGGCCCGGCGCCGUGGUGGCCCUGCGGUUCCUGGCCCCCAGCAGGGGGGCCCGGCCCGACGUCGGGGCCCUCCUCCACAGCCUGGCCCUGCAGGUGAGCCUGGCCUUCGACCUGCCCCCCCCCGGCCCGCCGGGCCCCCAGGCGGAGCGGCUGCGGUCCUUCCAGGCCCUGCUGGCGGCGGCGUCCCGGCGGGGGGAGUCCCUGGUGCUGAUCCUGGACGGCGUGGACCUCCUCUCUGCCGAGGACCUCCACUGGCUGCCGGCCGCCGUCCCGCCCAACGUCCACCUGCUGCUCUCCGCCGCCAGCGCCGCCCCGGUCCUGGGGGCCCUGCGGGACCGGCUGGGGGCCGGGGCCCUGGUGCCGGUGGACGGGCUGACCCUGGAGGAGGGCCGGGAGGUGGUGCGACGCGCCCUGAGCUCCGCCCGCAGGACGCUGACGGAGGAGCAGAGGGAGGUGGUGCUGAGCAGCUUCCAGAAGACGGGCAGCCCGCUGCACCUGCGGCUGAUCCUCUGGGAGGCGCUGCGCUGGACCUCCUACACCCCCCCCGCCGCGCUGAGGCUGGGGGCCGACCUGCAGGACAUGAUGGCCCUCAUCCUGCUGUCCCUGGAGGACCGGCACGGCCGGCAGCUGGUGGCCUCCACGCUGGGAUACAUCGCCCUCAGCAGGUGCGGGCUGCUGGAGGCGGAGCUGUGUGACCUGCUGUCCCUGGACGAUGAGGUCCUCUCGGAGGUGUACCGCCCCGCCCCCCCUGAGCGGCCCUCCCCCCUGCGCCUCCCCCCCCUGCUGUGGGCCGGCCUGCGCCUGGACCUGGGCCCCCUGCUGCUGGAGGGCUGGGCCCAGGGCCUGGUGCUGCUGGACUUCAGAUACCAACAGCUUUGUGAGGCGGUCCGUGAGCGUUACCUAGGGGACCAGAGGAGGAACAGGAUGUUGUCAGAGUACUUCCUGGGUCUGUGGAGCGGCAAACUGAAGCCUCUGGCCCUCCCCCCCCGCACCCUACUGCUGAGUGACAGGAAGGUCCCGCCCCAACCGCUGUGGUUUGCUCCAGGAUUGGCUAAUAUGAGGAAGCUUCAGGAGCUGCCCUAUCAGCUGCUCCAUGCUGGAUUGUGGGAGGAGUUACAGCAAGAGGUCAUUGGUAAUGCAGACUGGCUCUACUGUAAGAGCAGGCUGUGUGGGAUAGACAGUGUGAUUGAGGAUCUCCGGAUGUGUGCUGACCUCAUGAGCUGUACCCAGAGUGCACUGCUUCACGACACCCUACUGCUCCUCAAACCCGAAGCGGAUCGGCUGGGCGGUCACAUGGACAGAGCUCGGUUCUUCUCUGAGCUGGUGGGCCGCCUCCUCUCCCUGGGCACCGCCUUCCCGUCUCUGAUUGGCCGGUUGGUGGGUCAGUGUGAGGCGUGGCUCCUGUCCUGUGAGGAGCCCGUCCUGGUGCCCAAGAGCUCCUUCCUCACGGCCCCCGGGGGCCCGCUGAGACACAGCUUCACCGGGGGCCGCACAGUGCUGUGUGUGUGUGUGUGUGGGGACCUCCUGGCCUCCGGUUCAGACGACGGCUCUGUGUUGAUCUGGAGGCUCUCAGCCCUCAGCCUGCUGCACCUCCUCACACACACAGCUGCUGUCCUGACCAUUAAACUGAUUGACAGCGGAACCGACUGUCUUUCAUUGGCUGCUGACGGUUCUCUCAGGAGGUGGAGCCUGUUGUCCGGGAAACAAGUGUACUGUGUCCAAUCAGCGAUGGACCCUGACUCCGCCCCCGCCUCCCUCCACCUAUCACAGCAGACCGACCAGAUCUUCAUUUACACCAAGACUCAAGUGAGGUCCUGGGCGCUGGGCUCCAUGGCCCCGCUGCUGAACCUGUCCACCAGAGGGUCGGAGGUCCUGGGGCUCCUGGGGGCCGAUGUGGUGACGCGGACCGGAGCCGGGGCCGUCCACAUCGCCCAACAGGACCAAGGGUCACCGGGGGGCCAGGGGUCACCGGGGGGCCAGGGGUCACCGGGGGGCCAGGGGUCACCGGGGGGCCAGGGGUCACCGGGGGGCCAGGGGUCACCAGAGGUCCUGAGGUCGCUGAUGCUGCCCAGACUGGGUCGGGUUCUCCUCCUGACCGAGGACGGCCUCCUGCAGCAGGUCUCCAGGAGUGGCCGACGGACUGAGACUCCAUUUCCCAUGAUGCCUUGCUCUCUGUUCAUGGCCACAGAGGAUGAGAGGCUGCUGUUAGCAGGAUGUGAGAAAAGCCUGCUGGUGUUCAGCCUCCACGAGGAGGCCCAGCUCCACCAGGAGGCCCAGCUCCACCAGGAGGCCCAGCUCCACCAUGAGGCCCAGGUCCUCAGCGCUUGUGUCUCCAGGGAAUCUACACUGUUGGCCUCAGGCUCUGAAGACCACAUCAUCAGAGUGUGGGGCCUACCCUCCGGGGCCCUGCUGCAGCGCCUCCAGGGGUCCGAGGAGCCGGUCUCCUGGCUCUCCUUCCUCUCAGACGGGGGUCUGGUGUCCUGGUCCCGGGGGGACCAGAGGGUGGUCCUGUGGAGCCUGGACUCAGACCCCCGGACCAGACCCCCCGAGCGCCUCCCCCCCGGCUGCACCCUGCUGGGCCUCGCCAAGGACUGCAGCCGCGCCUACUGGGUCCACCCGGACCACCGCACCCAGGUGGUCUGCUGGGACGCCGUCCACGGGGGGAUGUCAGACACCCUGGCGGUGUCGGCGGAGGUGGUCUGUCUGGAGCUGGCCCACAACAAGAAGCUGCUGUUCUGCGGCCUGAAGACCGGGACCGUCCUGAUCUACCCCCUAGACCGGCCCCAGGAGACCCUGUGCCUCCCGCCCCCCGAGAGCCUCCCCCGGGUCCAGGCCCUGGCACUGGACCCGGGGGAGCGCCAACUGGCCGCCGCCUACGAGGGCUCGCUGGCGCUGUUCGAGGUCACCACCCGGGACGGGGCCCCGUCCGUGGAGGGCCCGGUCCGGACCCUGAUCCUGGACCUGCUGCAGGCCCCCGUCUCCUGCGCCGCCCUGCUGGCCGACGGGAGGCUGCUGUACGGGACGGCAGGGGGGGAGCUCAGCCUCUGGGCCUCCGGCGCCCCCCGAGGCCCCGCCCCCCAAGGCCCCUACCCGCGAGGCCCCGCCCCCCUGGAGGCUGCUCCUGGCCCCAUCACCUGCGUCCGGGCCGGUAACUCGGGGCUCCACGCCCUAGUGGCCUCGGGGGGCGGGGCCUCGGGGGGCGGGGCCUCGGGCCGGCUAACCCUGUGGUCGCUCAGCCCCCCGACGCUGGACCACACCAUGGAGUACAUCUCGCAGGAGGCGGCCGAUGUUCGGGUUCUGUGUGCAGCCUUCUCAGAGAGCGACCAACUUGUGUUCACCGGCUCUCUGGACCGAACCAUCAAAGUGUGGGACGUCGCUACAGGCCGGCUGCUGUUCCUCCAGCGCGUCGACCAUGCCCCCGUCUCCAUGCUGACCUACAGGAACGGCUUCGUGGCGCUGGGCCAGCGGGGGGCGGUCCUAAGGGAGGUGUUCCGCUGCCCCGCGGCGCUGGGCCAGGACCACGCCCCCCUGAGGAGCGUCCGGGCUCAGUGCCGCCUCACGUCCCGGGAGAAGGCCCCGCCCCCCCGCCGGCAGACCCCCGCGCUGGACUUCGACUACAACCCCGCCCAGCUGAACUUUAACCUCCUGGGCAUGGGCCUGCCCUCCUCCACCACCUGCGUGGUAACGUAGAACCCAGGACCUCAGGGGAACCUCCACCCCAGAACCCCUCCCCAGAACCCCUCCUCAGAACCCCACCCCAGAACCCCUCCUCAGAACCCCUCCUCAGAACCCCUCCCCAGAACCCCUCCU